GAAAACGAUUGAGAAAUACAGGGGUGGAUGAAUAACAACAUUUCAGUUAAUCAAAAGCCUGUGUCAGAGCAGGCAAAGAGCUUCGAAAUGGAGCGCUACAUCUUUUCGAUACUGCUCCUGAUCUUGACUGUGGAACCAGCUUCUUUAACGGACGAUGGAUUCUUCAUCUCAGCCCCCGGAGUGUUUCAUGUGGGUGUUAAUGAGAAAGUGUUUGUCCAAAUGGGAAAGUCUCAUUUGAAUAAAAUUGUUACUCUCUACCUGGAGUAUGAGAGUAGUGGUAUUGUUGUGUCUGACAAGAAAACUGUUCUGUGUCGUGAAGAAGGGAAGAUCAGUACAGUUGAGCUCAAGAUAGAUGAGUCAAGAUUGCCUAAACGUUCUGAUCAUCGACUUCUGUACCUUGCGUUGAUGGUAGAGAUCCCCCCCUUUACUGCCAGGAAGUCAACAAAAGUCCUGGUAUCAAAACACAGGGGCAAUAUCUUCAUUCAGACUGAUCAGCCAAUCUACAACCCAACACAGAAAGUAAAUUACAGGAUAUUCACUCUUGACCACAAGUUCAGGCCUCAUGAAGAAGUGUUCCAGAUAUCAGUCAUUAAUGCAGCUGGAAACAAAGUAAUUAAGUCCAUAAAGACUGCAAAGGGAGGAAUACUCAGAGGCACAUUCCAAAUACCUGAUAUCUCAAAAAUGGGCACAUGGAAGAUUACAGCACACUAUCAAGGUGGUGAGGCAAAUGCUGUUUCCCGAGAGUUCAAAGUUAAACGAUUUGUUUUACCAAGUUUUGAGGUGAACAUCGCAAUGGAGCAGAGCUAUAUUUUGUUGAAUGCUGAACAGUUUAACUUCACCAUCUUAGCAAAAUAUUCACAUGGUGAGAAAGUCAAAGGGGCUUAUCACUGCCAAUUUGGAGUGGUAGAAAAAGAUACAACCCCUGGUCAAAAAAUGAAGCCCGUCUUUAUCAGAGGAAUGGAGUUGAUUGGUUCGGUCGUGGAUGGAAGUGCAGCAGCUUCUCUCCAGAUAUCAGACCUACAUGAGAACCUCCAAAAACAGCAGAAAAAUGCUCUCUCCGAUUUACAGCAGAGUGGAGCCCAAAUCUAUUUGGGAGUAUUUGUCACCAACAUAGAAAGUGGUGAAAUACAAGAGACAGAAGUUUACAUUCCUAUCGUUCCCAACAAAUACACCGUGGAUCUCUCUCGAACUCGCAGAUAUUUCCUUCCUGGAUACCCGCUCGAUGUGGUGGUAAUCGUGCGUCUCCCAGAUGGAUCCCCAGCAGCUGGUGUGCCAGUAAACAUUCAUGUUACACCACAUUCAGAAGAAGCUAGGCAACGCACCACCGACCAGGAGGGGGCAGUGUAUGAUGUCUUUAACAUUCCCAGUGUGGCUCAGAUUACUGUUGAAGUUUCGGUAGAUGGCCUUCAGCAGAGGAAAGUCAUUGAACAAGCUUCAUCUCCGAGUGCCAACUACCUUUACCUGAGUUUUACCAACAAGAUGUAUUCUGUGGGGGAGUUGCUAACUGUAAAUUACAACACCCAUGGCCCAAAUGUUGGGUUUAUAUACUACAUGAUCUUAAGCCGUGGGAAUCUAAUAGACAAGGGUUCUCUUAGACUGGGUACUUCAGUUAAACACAACCAUCAGAUAACAUCUGCUAUGGUGCCAUCCUUCCGUCUGAUUGGCUACUACUACAACCAGCAUGGUGACAUCAUUGCUGACUCGGUGUGGGUAGAUGUCAGGGAUGAAUGUGAGACAAAGGUCAAGGUAGAACAAAAAGGACCAUUUAUACCUGGACAACAGUCUCUGCUAGAAUUUGAUUUAUAUGGUCAGAAAGCCAGAGUGGCUUUGCUGGCUGUGGAUAAAGCCAUCUACGCUCUCAAUGUCAAUAAUAAACUCACAGCCAAACAGGUUUUUUCCUCUAUGCAGUCGUAUGACCUUGGUUGCUCAUACGGUGGAGGAGCUAACCCAGCAUCUGUACUAACAGAUGCUGGCCUGUCUUUUGUAACUCAGUCCCAGUCAAUGUGGAAAAAGGGUCUUUCCUGUGAUUCACAAGCUGCAAGACACAGACGAUAUGUGGACCUUCAACAGGAAAUGAUGACCUUGAGAUCAAACUUUUCCAAUGAAGAGUUUCAAGACUGUUGUGUCCAAGGGUUUUCUCUUAUCCCUAUGAGACGGACAUGUCUGGAAAGAGUGAAGAGACUCUCUCUGGUGAAAGCAAAUCCUGCUUGUGCAGACGCCUUUUUAAAAUGCUGCCUUGAAGGAGAGCGUCUAAGAAACGUAAAGAUGCAAGAGGAUGCCCAGAAUGAACUUGGCAGGACGUUGACAUCUGACAUUGAAGAGUUUUUCUUGGACACUGCUGCUCAGUACAUUCGACGUUUCUUCCCGCCAAGCUUUUCGUUCACAGAAUUUGAUGUACAUGGCAAAGGAAGGUAUUCUUUGGCUCUACCUGAUUCCAUCACCACAUGGGAGAUUCAGGUUGUCACUUUAUCUGCAGCCACUGGUUUCUGUGUAGUUAAGCCGUCUGAGGUCCGAGCAUUUAAGAAUGCAUUUGUGUCUCUGAGAUUGCCUUACUCAGUGAAGAAAUAUGAGCAACUCUCUAUUUCGCCUGUUAUCUACAACUAUGGCGAUGCCAGACUACAGGUGGCAGUUCAUAUGGAACAAACUGAAGGACUUUGCUCCCCUGGCUCAGCCACCACUACGGCUUUUGUUAACGUUACUGUGGAGCCGAUGUCCUCCCAGACUGUCUCCUUCUCUGCUGUCCCCAUGGUAACCGGCUCAAUACCCAUCAAAAUCCGUCUGUAUGAUAUGGACUAUGAGAUGGGAAUAGAUGCAGUUGAGAAGACUUUGAAUGUGUUGACAGAAGGACUAGAAAAGAGAGUGGAACAAACCAAAGUGCUUAAAUUCGAUGGGAGGAGCGCACAGACUUUCACUAUUGACGGAUCUUUACCAGAUGACGUAGUCCCCGACUCCAGCUCCAAUAUGUUCAUUUCAGCAGAAGCGGAUGGAUUUGGCCCUUCUUACGCAAAGAACCUUCUUUCUCCUCAAAAGAUUGCUAGCCUGAUCGUUUUGCCUCAGGGAUGUUUAGAACAGACAAUGGUACGACUGGCGCCUACAGCUUCAGCCCUCCGCUACCUUGACCUGAGCGACCAAUGGUUUGAUCUGCCCGCUGGUAGCAGAGAUGAUGCUCUUGAUAAAAUUGAGAGAGGUUAUAUGAGGAUUUUAGAACACAAGACAAAACACAGCGGAGCUUAUGCAGCCUGGGGUUCAGUGCCAUCUAGUAAUUGGGUGACGGCCCUAGUAGUGAAAGUGCUAUCGCUGGUGGCGCAGCGUCAAACAGAGACUUUUGGACAGCAGGGCAGGAAGGCUAAGGUUGUACCAGCAGAAGAGAUCAGGCACUCAGUCAGUUACCUGCUCUCAGUACAGACUGCCGAUGGGUCAUUCAGUGACCCACAUCCAGUGCUACACAGAGGAGUUCUGAACAGCAAUGACCAAAAAGCAUCCAUGACGGCUUUCAUAAAUCUUGCACUGUACCGGUCCCUUCAAUUCCUGCACACCGAACUGAGAAGCGACGUGGAAGCAAGAAUUUCAAGAUCAACAACAUAUCUCCUGUCACAUCUUGAAGAGCUUCAGCAUCCCUACGCUGUUGCCAUUACAGCCUACUGCCUUGCAGUUUGCAUGCCACAGGGAACAAAUCAUUCAUCUGCUUGGACACAACUUAAAACACUGGCAACUGAAGGGGAGAAUGGCUGUUAUCUGUACACAGCUAAUGCCAAGCAAACGAAUCAGGAGAAGGCAGAUGCCAUCACAGUAGAGACUACAGCUUAUGCCCUUCUAGCUGCUGUGGAACUUGGGCAUACCCAGUUUGCAGACAAAACUGCCUGCUGGUUAACCACACAAGAAAACUAUUUUGGUGGCUACAAAUCAUCACAGGAUACCAUCAUGGCAUUGGAAGCCCUUGCGGAAUACGAGCUAAAGAGGGCCGUCAUUCCCGAAGCAAAUCUAAUGGCACAGUUCACAGUCCAAGGAAAGAGAGAAAUUAUAAAGCUUGCAAUGAACAAUAGGAAGGACAAAGUGGAAACAGACCUUAAGAAGUUUCAAGGGAACAACAUUGUUGUGAAAUUGACAGGAAAAGGCCAAAUCAAGCUAAAAAUUGCAAAGGUUUUCCAUCUCCUGGACCCCAUAGACCAUUGUGACAAAUUAUCUAUCAACGUCACUGUUGAGGGGAAAGUGAAGUACACUGAUAAAAUCUUGGAAAAUUAUGAAUACUGUGAUGAUUACAACGAUGAGAAGGUGGUGCGAGUGCGACGAUCAGCGAUUGAGUGGUUUGAUGCUCGCACUCGAAACAGUAGAGAUCUUGAUAACAACUUAAGUCCAGAAGACAUCAUCACCUACCAUGUCUGUGUCAGUCACAGCCUGAGCAGCAAUCUCACAGGAAUGGCCAUCGCUGACAUCACACUUCUGAGUGGAUUUGAGGUUGCAACUCAGGACCUGGACAAGCUAAAACUGCUACCUGAACAAUACAUUUCCCAUUAUGAGGUCUCCAAUGGAAGAGUGCUGAUCUACUUUAAUGAGCUCUUUGAAUCAAGUGAAUGUAUUAGUUUUGAUGCUACACAGAGAGUACUAAUCAGCCUCCUACAGCCUGCUCCAGCUGUAUUCUAUGAUUACUAUGAACCAGACAGAAAGUGUACUGUUUUCUACUCCGCCCCCCACAGAACCAAUAUGGUCUCCAAACUGUGUUCAGAGGAUGUGUGCCAAUGUGCAGAAAGACCCUGUCAUAAAAUACAAAAAACAUUUAGAAUUGAAGGAAGUCGAAGAAUCACAAAGAGCGUCCGUUUUCAACAUGCUUGCUUCUUCCCUACAGUAGAUUACGCAUUCAUUGUUGAAGUCCUGACUGUUUCCAUGAAGAGUAACUUUGAGCUGUACAGAAUGAAUGUAAAGAAGGUACUCAGAUCACAUGGAGAUAUCCUUGUGAGUGAGAAUUCUGUUCGAGUGUUUGCCAAGAGGCGUCAGUGUAAAGGACAGUUAGAUUUGGGAAAAGAGUAUCUCAUCAUGGGCAAAGACGGCGGCACAACCGACUCAAAUGGAAAGAUGCAGUACCUGUUGGAGUCAAACACCUGGGUUGAAAGAAAGCCUUCGGAGGAAGAAUGCAAAAAAUCUACACAUGUAAAUGCCUGCACAGAGUUUGAUGCGUUUACGGCGGAGUACAUGAUAAAUGGCUGCAGACAGUGAAACACGCAAAUCCUUUUCAUUUAACAUUUUUUGUGUAGUGUAACCAAGUUACAGUAGUUACCCAGGAGAUGCACAGUCAGCAUGGGUGUUUACUUUUUGUUCACUUUUUUAAAAACUGUUUAUUGUCAGAGUCUUGAAAGAAUCGCAUAAGAACAUCCAUACUUAAGAGGCAUUAUUUCUUGCCAGACAGUAAGUGGAUGAAUAACUCCACCACAGUAUCAUUUUAUAGUUCACUACUUACAAUGUAACCAUUAAGCGUGUCUUUAUGACCAAUACAGCUACGAGUGUUUAAAUAAAAAAACACCUUGUUAUGUU